UCGACGCGUAGUUUAAAUCGCGUUUCGGUUUUAAGGAAUCGAUUCGUGGGUGUACGCGGAUACGUGGAUGUUGUUUUUGUUGUUUGUCUUGUGCAACUUUGUCCGUCUUUGAGCAGUCGUUCUGGUCUCGUGUCGUUGUCUUGCUGCUGCUGUUGUUGUUGCUGUUGUUGUUGCUGCUACACACCUCUUGCCCUCCACGAGACACAUUCUUCUACCCCACACACAUCCCCGGGCGAACGAGCGCGCAAGUCCUCCAGGAGUCGCGUCGACGUCUUAACGAGGUGAAGAGCUCCGUGGUUGUCGACGUUUCGCCGCGUUGUGGGAUAUCGUGAGGGACAUGAGCUACCCAGGUUACCCAGGCGGGUGGGGAGUCCCUUCUCAGCCUCCCAUGGGAUUCCCAGAUAUGGGGAAUUUUAACAUCCCAGCUGGAUUCAAUCCGGCAAUCUCAAACAUGGCCGGGAACCUGGCCCAGAGUGGAAUGUUUGGCCCGAAUCCUGCAAUGUUCCCUCCUGGUGGUCCUGCUGGAAUGGGCUACGGGGCCCCUCCCGGACAACUCCCGUAUGGCGCUCCACCAGCUCAGCCGUACGGCGCUCCACCUGCUCAGCCGUACGGUGCUCAGCCCUACGGCGCUCCUCCCACUCAGCCCUAUGGGGCUCCACCGGCCCAACAGCCAUAUGGGGCUCCACCUGCCCAGCCAUACGGGGCUCCACCUGCUCAACAGCCAUAUGGCGCUCCACCAGCACAACCCUAUGGGGCUCCACCAGGCCAGCAGCCGUACGGCGCUCCUCAAGCCCAACAACCCUAUGUGGCUCCACCAGGCCAGCAGCCUUAUGGCGCUCCACCAGCCCAGCAGCCUUACGGAGCUCCACCAGCCCAACAACCAUACGGAUCUUCUGCAGGGAGCCAAGGCACCCAGCCAGCACCCACUCCGUCCACCAUUACCGCAGCCCCUGUGAAGAAAGGACGGGGCACGGUUAAGGAACAGUCGGGAUUCAAUGCUCUAAAGGACGCGGAGACGCUAAGAAAAGCAAUGAAGGGAUUUGGCACGGAUGAGAAAGCCAUCAUCGACGUUCUCACAGCGCGCAGCAACAAACAGCGGCAGGAGAUCGCACUCUCGUUCAAGACGGCUUACGGCAAGGACCUGGUGAAGGAGCUCAAGUCGGAGCUGUCGGGCAACUUCGAGUUGGUGGUGGUGGCACUCUUGGAGACGCCCACGCAGUACGACGUGAGCCAGAUUCAGGCGGCCAUCAAGGGUGCCGGCACAGAUGAGGAGUGUUUGAUUGAGAUUCUGGCAUCAAGAUCCAACAAGGAGAUACAUGAAAUCAACAAACACUACAAGUCAGUGACUAAACGGUCGCUGGAGCAGGACAUCAUGUCAGACACGUCCGCCAACUUCAAGCGUCUCCUGGUGGCGCUGUGUCAGGGAGGCAGAGAUGAAAGCACCACGGUGGACAUGGCUCGCGUGCAGAAGGAUGCACAGGACCUCCUGGCCGCAGGGGAGAAUCGCAUAGGGACAGACGAAUCACGGUUCAACAGCAUCCUGUGUGGACGCAGCCAGGCUCACCUUCUCAGGGUGUUUGAGGAGUAUGGCAGAAUCAGCAAACACGACAUCGAGAAGAGCAUUAAGAGGGAGAUGUCAGGCAGUCUGGAGGAUGGAAUGGUGGCCGUGGUAAAAUGCUUACGGAACACCCAAGGCUUUUUCGCGGAGAGACUCUACAAGUCCAUGAAGGGCUUAGGCACCAAGGACAGCACGCUCAUACGCAUCAUGGUGUCACGCUGUGAGGUCGACCUCUUUGACAUCCGCCGCGAGUUCAAGCAGCUCUAUGGAAAGUCGCUGCACUCCUUCAUCGCCGGGGACACGUCCGGAGACUACAAGAAGAUCUUGCUCAGCCUAUGCGGUGGAGACGAUUAGAUGUUCAACCUCUCCUUCCUUACAUUUCCAACCCAAUCUAUCUCCCAAUAUAUCUUAUGACAAUCCAGCUUCCAUCUCCCUGCAUGUCUAUCCAAACAUAUCUCUCUAUCUGCCAACGUGUCCCUCCCUUUCCCAACCCAGUCUGUAUUCUCAAAGCUUCUGAAACUCUCAUCUCCAAAGACUCCAGUUACCAACCCUCAUCUUCCAACCCACUGCUUUCCACCUCUCCAUACCUCUCACUUCUCCUUUUCACCUCUCACUCCGCGCUUUUCCUCGCACUUCAUCAUCCCAUGAUAGUGUACACGUGCCAGGGUGUGCUUUGAACACGAGGUGCCAAUGCCUCUGGUAGGACGGGGGGAGCUUGUCUGCUGCUUACUGUGCCUACGGAACGAGGAAGCUGUCUCUUUGUGAUGAUACCGUUUGACCAUCGUAACUUUCACUGGUAUUGCAGUACUGUAAUCACACGUUAAAUUAGGUAAGUGCCCGAAUUAUUAUGCCAAAUGCAUGGGUACGCAUGCGCACAGGAUCGUGUGGUUGAACACUAUGCCAUGAACACACAUGUCAACACCCUUACACAUACAAGAUAACGUGUACAAAUAACAGCCUUAAACAUGUAUUUACACACAACAGCCUUGCAAGUACAACGCACCAUUACACACAACUGAAUUAAAUAAGACAACCUAUAUAUAAAAAAAACUCAAGAUUUUGUGUAUGGAUAUCACAAUCCGUGGGGGAAAUAUCCCGUAGAUGUCCAUUGCACAUUGUCAUCUGUAUAGCUAUGCACACCUUUUAAUACAAACACGGGUAUGCCAUAAAGCCUUAGAUUUGUUGGGGCAAGUGCUACAACUGGACACCUUCUCUUGUUCUGCACAGCGAGGCCAAAACCACGCACAUACUAACUUUAGACUUUGCACCUAGAUGAGACCCUGGCAGGAUUAUCUGAGAUAUCACUUGCAACUGAUGUAAGCCGUGGCUGGGAAUCAAACUUUGAUCACCAUUUAGCCUUAACAGACUGGGAUAGUGCCAUAAGCAGGCACCAAUUUGGACCCGGCACCCGAGGGGGUGGGUGGGCAGCACCACGCCGCCUUUGUCUCCCCAUUGCUAAUGUUUAUAUCGCACUGGGUACUCAUUUGAGGCUGAGUCAACCUCGGGGUGGCCCAGGACCAGUUCAGAUAAGGCAUUGGUAAUUUUACGGCCGUGAAUGGGAAUCGAAUUAGGGUAGCCGGGUUCGUAGCGCUACGUGCUAACCACUGCGCCACCCCUAAAACAGAUCCUUACAUCUAAAAAAAACCCUACCAACACGCGGGUAUUCAACACCUUUAGACUCAACACACAUGUGCUGUGUAUCACAAAUAGUCAUAUACACUAAAAAAAACCCCGAUGUUGCCUUGAAUACAAAACAUUCACAAUGUCACUACUCUCACAAACGCCAUACACUAAUUUGUCUUUAAUGUGCUUGGAAUGCCAUGAAAUGUAUAACUCUACAACAUAUAAAGCUAUAUGUAGAAUAUAAUUAUGUAAACACGAGGGCUGAAAUAAAGGUUCUAGUGCUAAGCA